AUGGACGGGGCCGGGGAGCGCAGCCUGGCGGAGCCGGAAAGCCCGGGCUCCCGCGCCGGCGACGACCUGGAGAUCGUGGUGAACGUGGGGGGCGUCCGGCAGGUGCUGUACGGGGACCUCCUGAGCCGGCUGCACUGCCUGGCGGGCGGCUACGACACCAUCUUCUCGCUGUGCGACGACUACGACCCGGGCAAGCGCGAGUUCUACUUCGACCGCGACCCCGACGCCUUCAAGUGCGUGGUGGAGGUGUACUACUUCGGGGAGGUGCACAUGAAGAAGGGCAUCUGCCCCAUCUGCUUCAAGAGCGAGAUGGACUUCUGGAAGGUGGACCUCAAGUUCCUGGACGACUGCUGCAAGAGCCACCUGAGCGAGAAGCGCGAGGAGCUGGCGGAGAUCGCGCGCCGCGUGCAGCUGAUCCUGGACGACCUGGGCGCGGACGCGGCCGAGGGCCGCUGGCGCCGCGGCCAGAAGCGCGUCUGGAAGUUCCUGGAGAAGCCCGAGUCGUCGCGGCCGGCGCGCGUGGUGGCCGUGCUGUCCUUCCUGCUGAUCCUCGUCUCGUCCGUGGUCAUGUGCGUGGGCACCAUCCCCGAGCUGCAGGUGCUGGACGCCGAGGGCCACCGCGUGGAGCACCCGACGCUGGAGAACGUGGAGACGGCCUGCAUCGGCUGGUUCACGCUGGAGUACCUGCUGCGCCUCCUCUCGUCGCCCAACAAGCUGCGCUUCGCGCUGUCCUUCAUGAACGUGGUGGACGUGCUGGCCAUCCUGCCCUUCUACGUGAGCCUCACGCUCACGCACCUGGGCGCGCGCAUGCUGGAGCUGGCCGACGUGCAGCAGGCGGUGCAGGCGCUGCGCAUCAUGCGCGUCGCCCGCAUCUUCAAGCUGGCGCGCCACUCCUCGGGCCUGCAGACCCUCACCUACGCGCUCAAGCGCAGCUUCAAGGAGCUGGGGCUGCUGCUCAUGUACCUGGCCGUGGGCAUCUUCGUCUUCUCCGCCCUGGGCUACACCAUGGAGCAGAGCCACCCGGAGACGCUCUUCAAGAGCAUCCCCCAGUCCUUCUGGUGGGCCAUCAUCACCAUGACCACGGUGGGCUACGGCGACAUCUACCCCAAGACCACGCUGGGCAAGCUCAACGCGGCCAUCAGCUUCCUGUGCGGCGUCAUCGCCAUCGCCCUGCCCAUCCACCCCAUCAUCAACAACUUCGUCAGGUACUACAACAAGCAGCGCGUCCUGGAGACGGCGGCCAAGCACGAGCUGGAGCUCAUGGAGCUCAACUCGGGCGGCGAGGGCCGGGCGGUCGGCUCCCACGGCCGCCUGGACAGCCUCCCGCCCAAGCCCCCCGCCGGGAAGGAGGGGAGCUGGGGCAGCUGGCUGAAGAUCUCCCACAGCGACACCUUCAUCCCUCUCCUGACCCAGGAGAAGCACCACAGGACCCGGCUCCAGAGCUGCAAGUGAUACGGGCCCCCCGGCGGGUCUGGGCACAGAUGGCCUG